AUGAGCCGCUUGUCUGUGAUUGAGGGGAAGGUGGAGGUGACCAAAGAGGGCAUGAAGCUGUGCACCAUGGGUCCAGGAAAGGUGUUCGGAGAGCUGGCCAUCCUCUACAACUGCACCCGCACGGCCACCGUCAUGACUCUGAUCCAUGUAAAGCUGUGGGCGAUCGACCGUCAGUGUUACCAGACCAUCAUGAUGAGAACUGGACUCAUCAAACACACCGAGUACAUGGACUUCCUCAAGAGUGUUCCCACAUUCCAGGGUCUUCCAGAGGAGACGCUCAGCAAACUGGCUGAUGUCAUGGAGGAGACUCAUUAUGAAGACGGAGAGUUCAUCAUCAGACAGGGGGCCAGAGGAGACACCUUCUUCAUCAUCAGCAGUGGAACGGUGAACGUGACCAAGGAGGACUCACCCAAUCAGGAGCCCACACACCUCAGAGAGCUCACCAGGGGAAACUGGUUUGGAGAGAAAGCACUACAGGGUGAAGAUGUGAGAACAGCAAACGUCAUCGCUGCCGAGGCCGUCACCUGCCUGGUCAUCGACCGAGACUCGUUCAAGCAUCUGAUUGGUGGACUGGACGACGUUUCAAACAAAGGAUACGACGACGCUGAAGCUAAAGCCAAGUACGAGGCAGAGAACACCUUCUUCUCUGGUCUGAACCUGAAGGACUUCAACAUCAUCGACACGCUGGGAGUCGGUGGCUUCGGACGCGUCGAGCUGGUGCAGCUGAAGAACGAGGACGCGAAGACGUUCGCCAUGAAGAUCCUGAAGAAGCGUCACAUUGUGGACACCAGACAACAGGAACACAUCCGCUCUGAGAAACACAUCAUGACUGAUGCUCACUGCGACUUCAUCGUCAGGUUGUACCGGACCUUUAAAGACAGUAAAUACCUGUACAUGCUGCUGGAGGCCUGUCUGGGAGGAGAGCUGUGGACGAUACUGAGAGACAGGGGUUCGUUUGAAGACUCGACCACCAGGUUCUACACAGCCUGUGUGGUCGAAGCCUUUGCAUACCUGCAUGCCAAAGGAAUCAUAUACAGAGACCUGAAACCUGAAAAUCUCAUCCUGGACAGCCGGGGAUACGCCAAGCUGGUGGACUUUGGUUUUGCCAAGAAGAUCGGUUUCUGUAAGAAGACGUGGACGUUCUGCGGGACGCCAGAGUACGUGGCUCCAGAGAUCAUCCUCAACAAAGGUCACGAUGUAUCAGCCGACUACUGGUCUCUGGGGAUCCUGAUGUACGAGCUGCUGACCGGCAGUCCCCCGUUUUCAGGUCCAGAUCCGAUGAAAACCUACAACGUCAUCCUGAGAGGCAUCGACAUGAUCGAGUUCCCCAAGAAGAUCACCAAGAACGCCGCCAACCUCAUCAAGAAGCUCUGCAGAGAUAAUCCCUCAGAAAGACUUGGAAACCUGAAGAACGGAGUCAAAGACAUCCAGAAGCACAAGUGGUUUGAAGGAUUUAACUGGGAGGGCCUGAGGAAAGGAACUCUGACUCCGCCCAUCACACCCCAUGUUUCCUCUCCGACCGACACCAAUAACUUCGACAAUUUCCCCGAAGACACAGAUGAGCCACCACCGGACGACAACUCCGGAUGGGAUUACGACUUUUAG